GCCUAAACGUGAAAUCCCAUCGGCACGACGUUCCUCGGUGAAUCGUAGCUUCAUUGAUUGCAAUGUGGUGCGCCGGGAUGCCGGGCGUCGUUACGAGAGUCGCGUGAAGCUCGUUUGAGGAUACAGGAUUUCUGCUGCAGGAGCUACUCCGUAAGCAAUUCCGGGUUAAAUCUAACCGAAAAAGGAAUAUUCCAUGUGGAGUAGCUUCCGAAGUCGUCUACGUUGUUUCUUUCCGGUUCUCAUCAAUGUGGUAGGAUACCAGGGAGCGGCUACGAGCAUAUAGUGAUAACAGAGAGGGCGCUCGAGUAUAACCUAGAAAGUAGUGGGAACGUGAAAAGCGCGAUAGGGGAGUGCGUGAACUGCGCGCAAGGGAUGUUCAGGUCACCGAAUGAGCAUACGGACGCAAGUGUGAAGCUCUCGUGGUAGGAGAGGCUAUGACUAGGGGUGCACGAGGAUGGGAUAUGCUAGGGCACGAAUCGAGCGGGAGAAGAUACGCGUCGCCGUCCUGGUCGUCGUCGUGGUCGGGGUCGUCGCCACCGUCGUCGCGGUGCUACUCACGACGCCGUUUCUUACGACGCGCUAAAACAGACCCGUUUGCGUCUAGCCGACUAAAAGACUAGUGCGCGUUGUUACUCGUGUUUGUGAACGUAAUAUAACAUACGCAUGUACAGUCACGAUCUAGCAUAUAUAACGCGUGUGUGAUAUCUCUUUACAGAAACCCUUCGGCUUCCCUGAUCAUUUAUCGUGUGUAUCCGAACGUUCCAAACACCGGUCACCCUUCAAGCCAAGAAGUUCAGCCAGCAAUCAUCCAGUCAUCGUCAUCAAUUCAUCCAAUCCCGUGACUGUAGACGGCGCGAGACCGAGAAAAUGAGAUCGAUAAGGAACUCCGGCGGGUUUUGCGAAACGGGGACAGAAAUUGAUGCCGAGUAGCAGCGAGGGCGGGGCGAGGAAUGCUGGCGCGGUGGUGGGGAGUGCACUGGGCUUUGUGGUGGGGGUAAGAGGAACAGAGCAGAACCCACGGAGUCGAGAAGGUGCAGGCGAGGAAGCAACAAGGCACGCGAGUGAACCGGAAGAGACGUUGUGGGGUGAACGUAGUGGGGUGAAAGGAGGGAAGAAAGGGGAUCGGUUAAAGGGGGAUACAUUCAAUUGCGUAGUGGGGGGUUGAAAGGGUCAGAGGGAGCAUAGGUAUCGUAGAAGUGGAUGGUAACACCUAGCUAGGGUAAAAUCUUAUGGGUUUUGUGCGGAAAGAAGGUCAAAGAUCGAUCGUCUACCGGUGAACCUCGUGACUACGUCGCCGCCGUGCGUCGUCGUGAGUGCCAGUGAUAAAUCGGGAUCCAACGCCGACCGUCGCUUCGCACGUAUACCGGCCGGCCCCCCCUGGUGGACCAGCGCUAGUCCUGAUUGCUGGUUCCGCUUCCGAUGGCGUUGGGAUCAUCAUGAUUGCCAGGGGGUGCAUCCUGCCUCUGCCUCGUGUGUCGUCGUCGGAUGCUUGACGACGCUUAGGAACGUCAAGCGUCGUGAUCUAGGCGCUCGCGACGGCGACGAAGUAUUCAUUGAGUAUCAGUAGAGUAGGGACGCCUGUUAUCGGAUUGGACUAUGAGAAUUUUUUUUGUCUUUUUUUUUAUCGAGCUGACCGGGACUACUCGCGGUCUCGAUUUACACGUUCUAGUGUCUCACUUCCGGUAAGUGUUUGUGAGUGUGUGCGCGUGUGUAUCUAGUGCGUGUCAAUGAUAGUCGCGAGUGUCUCUUAUCAACCAUCACGAUGACCAUCGGGCUUUAAGCAUCUUUGUCAUUAAUAAUUCUCACGGUUGUACACUAAUUUGUGGAAAAUACCUUAUGGACUUUGACCUUCCAUCCAUGAUAGUCGUUCCACGUUAUAUUGAUAUUAUACGGAUAGCAAUUGAAGCAUACAGUGCAUCCAGGAUAACUCUACGUGAGAAUGGAAGCCAUGUUGAAACUAAUUUUAAACCUACAACAAGACCUCGCGCUGAACAGUAUAACGAACUGAGAUUUGCUCCAGGAAGACGAAGAGAAGUCGCGAAAAUUGUUAACGCGAUCGCAGGUGACUUGAAGAAAAGAAACAUGGCGUCGUGUAACUGAAGCGAAGAGUCCUGGCACUUUCGUAGAUCCACUCCCCAGGAGCUAGAGGACCUAGAGAAGAGGUGUUGCGAUAACAGGAAGACAGAGCGAAGAGGAAGUGAGAGAGUGUAGGAAGGAGUAAAGAAGAAAGGAACCUAACAUAGUCAAAGGAAAAUGUCUCGAGAUCCUUAUUCGAGCGGAAGUGGUGUGGUGGGACCAGGAGGUGGUACAAGAUCACCCAGAAGUAGUCGUCGCGUCGGUGAACUACCGACAGUCGAUCGGAGUCCAUCGAGAAGCUAUGCGAGCGGACGUGGAAGUCCUCUGGGACGUAAGCGUGGCACCAGGAGUGGAAACAAUUCCCCGGAACACCUCGGCUACGGUAGCUACCAUCAUCAUCAGCUGGGAAGUCCAUACUAUUCACGCGAGGAAGACCUGGCCAGUCCGGUGAUGCUCGAGGAGCGCGGUAGGAGUAUGUCUACAGGAGGUGGUGGACAUCACAGAUCCAGAAGUGCAUCCCGGCCAGCCAUGUCCUCGUCAGGAGGUAUGACGGCCAGGUACACGAGCCUGGACCGUGCAUCGGCUGGCAUCCUGGAUCAUGAUCGAGAAUUCGUACCCAUACGUGACUCCCGGGACCGUAGUCGCGAUCGCGGACUGUACCUCGAGGACGAGAUCUACGGAUCCAGCUCCAGGUCUGCAAGACAGAGUCCCAAUCCACACCUGAUGCGCGACGGCGGGGGCUACAUCGGCGAGCUUCAGCACCAGAACAACGAUCUCCAACGGGAGCUUGGUAACCUCAAAAAGGAACUCGAACUCACCAAUCAGAAGCUUGGCAGCUCGAUGCACAGUAUCAAGACCUUCUGGAGCCCCGAGCUCAAGAAGGAACGCGCCCUCAGGAAGGAAGAAAGCACCAAGUACAGUCUCAUCAACGAGCAGCUCAAGAUACUCAACUCUGAGAACCAGAAACAAAAUAUGAUGGUUCGACAACUGGAAGAGGAGCUCAGGCUGAGGAUGCGCGGACCCAGCGUCGAGAUGCAACAGCAAAUAGAAGUUCUUUAUAACGAGAACGAACAUCUCACGCGGGAAAUCGCCAUUUUGCGUGACACCAUAAAGGAGCUUGAACUGAGAAUAGAGACGCAAAAACAGACGCUCCAAGCUCGAGACGAGAGCAUCAAGAAGCUCCUCGAAAUGCUCCAGAACAAAGGAAUGGGUAAGGAGGAGGAAAGGAUCAUGUUCCAGCAGAUGCAGUCGACUAUCCAGAAGCAGGAGCUCAAAGCGACGAACGAGACGCUGAAGAGCCUCCAGACGCAGCUGGAGCUCGCGUACGCCUCGACGGCAUCCUCCGGGGCGCCGGUCGCCGGGGGAGGCGUCGGAGGUGUCGUCGGCGCCGGAAGUGCCAGCAGCGGUACGGUCCUCGGCGGAAGCGUGGCGGUACCGGGCGGCGUGCCCGGUAGCACCACCUUGACCGCCAUACUAGAGACGAAAGACGCGCGCAUACAAAAUCUGGAGAAGGAGGUGGGCCUCCUCGAGGCCGAACUCCAGAGGAUCCGGGAGUGCGGAGGAAAAUUGCGGGAGCAGCUACUGAAGGCUACGGCGGUGCCGAGUGGUGGCGCUACCGGCGUCGUAAGCUUCGGCCUCGGCGGAGGUGGCGCCCUCGUUCCAGCAGGUAUCGAUAAGAGCGGGCCCGUUUGUACAAUGUGGAGAGCACCAUCUGGUGGUGGCUUUGCCGUCGACGCGUUUGGCCAUCAGCAUUUCAAUGCCGCCGCCGUGGCCAUCGCCAGGGGACCAACCAGCGUCUCGAUGCUCGUGACGACGACCACGGCGACGACGACGACGUCGACGGGCUUCUCCCUAUCACUGCCGUACGGUCGUACGGGCGCACUAACCACUUCGUUAAUUGACGGUUCGACAGGUGCGCCGCCGCCGGGUUCCUGCCUUGCCGGUAUCUCGGCGGGGACCACCACCGGGGUCGCCAAUCCGUAUACCGACCGAUACACCGAUCAUCUUCAUCAUCUUCAUCAGCAGCACUAUCAGCACCAGCAGCAGCAGCAGCAGCAGCAUUACCAGCAACAACUGCAACAGCAACAACAGCUUCAUCAUCAAUUACAGCAUCAUCAUCAUCAUCAGUCAGUUAUCACUACCGGUAUCGGUACUAGCGCCAUUGCCACCACAACCACCACAACCACUGCCACCACUUAUCAUCAUCAUCAUCAUCAUCAUCAGUUACAACAACCCCAAGCUACCAUACUAUCGCAACAGCAACACUUCAAACAAAUAGAACCCGCGGCCGCUGCUGGCGCCCUAGCUCUGCAUGCGCACACCUUCAACAAGCACGAUCUCAACUUUAAACGCCAACUGGAUGAUCUACGAACCGAGGUGCAACGCCGGGACCAAGAGAUUCUCGCCAUGUCAGCCAAGAUGAAGACACUCGAGGAACAGCAUCAGGACUAUCAGAGACAUAUUGCUGUACUUAAAGAGUCUCUCUGUGCCAAGGAGGAACACUAUAAUAUGCUACAGGCUGACGUGGAUGAAAUGAGGCAAAGGCUCGAGGAGAAAAAUCGACUGAUCGAGAAGAAGACUCAAGCGCUCAUGCAGGCGCAACAGGAACGACAUCGUAUGAACACGGAACUUACCGAACUGAAGGAUCAUAUGGAUAUUAAGGAUCGCAAGAUAAACGUUCUGCAGCGUAAGAUUGAAAGCCUCGAGGCCCUGCUCAAGGAGAAGGAUAAUCAAGCAGACAUGGCACGGGCCCGUUUGACAGCUAUGCAAGCUCACCACUGCAGUAGCGAGGGCGCCUUGAGCAGUCUGGAGGAAGCAAUUGGUGACAAGGAAAAACAGAUGGCGCAGUUACGAGAGCAACGAGAUCGGGCCGAACAAGAGAAACAAGAGGAAAGAGAAUUGCACGAGAGAGAACUAGCAGAGUACAAGAUGAAGUUGCACGCUUUGGAAUCGGAGGUGGAAAAACUUGGCGCGCGAUUAGAACGUGCCCAAGCCGAAAAAGAUCGUCUGGAGUCAAAGCUAGAGAGUUCGCAGUCCGAAUUGGGAAAGAGUAAAGCUGAACUGGACAAGGCUGCGUCCGAAGUUGGCCGGAGUGGUGCUGACUGGGAAGCUGCCAAGCAACGACUCACCAGACUGGAACUGGAGAAUGAGCGUCUUCGUCAUGAUCUUGAAAGGUCACAGACCACUUUCGGUCGUAGCACUCUCAAUUCGUCCCAGGAAAUGGACAGGGUCCAAGAACGUGCUGAGAAGGCUUCUGCUGAACUGAGAAGGGCACAGGCUGAGCUCAGAGUUACACAGGCUGACAACGAGAGGGCACGAGCCGAAGCUACGGCCCUUCAAGAAAAGGUCGAGAAGAGUCAGGGUGAAGUAUAUCGGCUGAAGGCAAGGCUGGAAAAUGCUCAGGGUGAGCAGGAGAGUCUACGGGAUGAAUAUGAACGGGCCCAGGCGUCGGUUGCUCGGUUGCACUGUGAACGGGAUAAAGCCAUAAACGAGCUCGAGAAGGCCCAAGAGGAACUCGAACGUACCCAGGCGACCCUUGGCAAGGCUCAGCUGCAGCAGGACAAAGUUCAGAAUCUUCUGGAUAAGACCCAGAGCGAGGUGGACAAACUACAGGAGAAGCUGGACAAGUCCCAGGCUGAAAUCCGUAGGAUGCAAUUGGAACGCGAAAAACAGAAUUAUGAUUUCGAUAAUGUUCAAAGUCAACUGGAUAAGGCCUUGGGACAGGCGGCCAGGAUGCAGAAGGAACGUGAAACUAUUCAGUUGGAAGUAGAUCGUUUGCAGGAUAAAUAUGAGAAGGCACAGGUUAUCAUGCAACGACUUCAGAAGGAAAGAGAUAGUUUCCAAGAGGAAAUGGAGAAGCUUCAUGAGAGAAUAGAGUUCGGACAGAAUCAAAUGGCUAAGUUGCAACGCGAGAAAGAAAAUAUGGCUUCGGAAUUGGAACUUGUUAAGGAACGAUGGGAGAAGGUCCAUAAUGCCCAUCAAAAGCUUGCUCUUGAACGUGACGAUGCUCUUACGGAGAUCGAAAUCCUGAAGGACAAGUUAGAAAAGGCCCAGUACUCGAUGAACAAAGCGCACGAGGAACGCGACAAUGUGAAGAAGGAGUUCGAAAAGAUGUUAGAAAAAUAUGAUAGGGCUCAAAGCGAAGUGUACCGUCUCCAAAAUCGAAUCGAGGUAAUGGAAGCGGAUAAGGAUCGUCUGAAUUUGGAAGCAGAAAAGCAGCAAAUGUUAGCAUUGAAGGGUCGCGAGGAAGCACGUAAGGCCCAGGAGGAAUUAGCCAGGGUCCAAGAGAUGUAUGACAGAGCAGCCUUACAGUUGGGUCGUACGAAAGAGCAUGAGGAGAAAUCCAAAGAGGAACUGGACCGGUUGACAGUCGAUUUGGAGAUGGUGCGUGAGCGUUACGAGAAGACGCAGAUCGAGCUGCGCCGUUUACAAAACGAACGUGAGAAGUUAAUAGCUGAUAACGAGAGAGUGAGUUUUGAGUUAGAGCGUGCGCACUCUCAGCUAAACAAGGCCCAAGCAGCGACGGAGAAGACGCAGGAGGAAUUGGCCAGGAUGCAGCUGGAGUUAGAGAAGAUGUACGAGAAACACGACAGACAGCAGGCCGAGGUGAGGAAGGCCCAGGCAGAGGCUGAGAGGCUCAGGGUGGAAGCUGAGAGUUCCAGGGAGGAGUGCGAGAGGUAUGCCGCCAGGUUCGGAAAAUAUCAGGAGAGCCAGGAACGUCAGAAGGAGGAGCAUGAGAGGGCGAAGAUGGAGGUGGAGAGGUUGCGUGACCGACUGGACAAGGCUUUGGCUGAGCUGGACCGCGCUAGGAAGGCUGAGCAAGACGCGUCGAGGCUCCGGGCCGACCUGGAGCGUGCCGAGGGUGUACGAGGUAAAUACCAGUUCGAGCAGGAAAAAUGGCAAAGCGAGGGUAGUAGGCUCCAGCAGGAGGUGGAGAAGCUCAGGGAGCGGCUAGAGAUUCGUGAGACUGAACUCAAGAGGAUUCAGUCUAACGAAGAGCAGCUGGAGGCGAAGCUUCACGAAUCGCAGCUGCAGCUGGAGAGAGCACGCGAGGAAGUGGCAAAGGCCACAGCUGUGCAGGAAAAGAACAGGGCGGAGAUUGAACGAGCAAGAAUUGAGACCGAGAAGAUACGUGACCGGCACGACAAACUUAAAGCCAGAUCUGAGGUUUUAGAAGCAGAUAACGAGAAGCUUAGAGUAGAAAUUGCACGACUGGAAAGGCUCAUGCAGACUGAAGGUAAAACGAGGUCAGAAAGUGCCAGCAUUGAAGUGGAGAGACUUCGUGCCAGUCUGGACAAAGCGAUAAUUGCUAGAGAUCAGGUGGAGCUGGAAGCUGGUAGAUUAGCUAAGGAGUUGGAGAAGUCACAGAUUCUAAUAACUAAACAGCAGGAGAAUCAUGAAGCGGGUAAACGAGAAUUAGACAAGAUGGCGGCUGAGCUUGCAAGACUUCACGAGGAACGAGACGCAUUGAGACAGGAAAUAAGAAGAGGGCAGAGCAACGAGGACGUCGCCAGAAUUCAGCACGAUCUUCAACUGGCACAGCGUGACCGUGACAAGAUGGCCGCCAUUUUGGAGAACCGGGAAAAGCAUUCAGAGAAGAUAGAGAAGCUGAAGGAGAAGUUAGAAGCUGAAGCUAAGCAGUUGCAAGUUGAACGUGAUCAGGUUGUUAUACAAUUGGAAAAAUCUCAGGACAUGUUGAUGAACUUCCAGCAGGAAUUGAAUGCUAGUGAAACCGAGCUCGAGAAACAACGAGAGGAAGUCCGUCGACUUCAGCAGUUGCAGCAGCAGCGUGCGCAUGCACAAACGCCAGACAGAGCAGCGAAGGAAGCGCUGGAUGCGCAGAUGCGAGAAGUACAUCGUCUCGCGCAGCAAGUGCAGACACUGACGCAGGCGCAAACAAAGGAACGUCAAAGGGCAGAACAAGCUGAGAAACGUGUCCAGGAGUUGCAGAAACAGCUUGCAGCUGCGCCGUCGGCCGGACAGACAGAUGCGCAAUUGGAGCAAUGGCGGAAGCUUGUCGAAACGGAGAAACAGCGUGCGGACACCGCGGAGAGAUCUGCCGCUAAUUUGCAGAUGCGCAUCCAAACGACGGAGAGACAACUUCAUGCACAGCAGCAGCAGAUUCAGCAGAUGCAGACGCAACUGCAACAACAGUCUCAGCAGCAACAGGGUCAACAACAGAACGGACAGGAAGCUGCCAGGCUACGAAAGGAACUUCAGGCAGCUCGUGAUGAAGUCAAGCAGGCGGCUGUCGAACGGGAACGCUUCCAGGCGCAGCUUGAGAUGCUGUGUCAGGAACUUGAGAAAAAUCAGGUGGAUCUCCACGAGGCGAACAAGAAACUCCAAGCUGGCGCUACGAAAGCCGGCGCGGACGCUAGUCAGGAUCGUAAACAGAUUGAAGACCAGAGGAAGCAGGUAGAGGAGAGAGCAAGGGCCGUCGAGCAGAAGAGUAAGAGCGUAGAAGAGAAGGAGAGGGCGCUCCAGAAUCUUGACCAGGAACUCAAAAAGCGUAAGGCAAAGAUGGAUCAACUGGAACAGCAACUUCAGCGGAGCGGUGGGUCGCCGGACAAACGGCUUGCGGAGAUGCAAAAGGCCUUGGAGAAGGCAGAGAAGGACUUGGAAAAAGCAAAGGAGGACUCGGGAAGAAGUGCUGCCGAAACGGAGAGGCUACUUCAUCUAGUGCAAAUGUCACAGGAGGAGCAAAACACCAAAGAGAAACAAAUCAGAGAACUCCAAGAUGCACUAAAAGCCGCACAAGCCAAGUUGAAACAGGCCGCAACUGCACAACAACAAGAGGUGCACGACACGAGGGAAACGGAAGUCAGGGAUACGUCGAGGGACACCCAGGAGUCUUUACUCAUGGAGAUGGAAGCCAAGGACCGUAGAAUUCUUGAACUCGAGCGGGAGAAAGGCGACCUGGAGAACUUCCUUAAGGAUCAUUCUGAUACGGACAGCAUACUGGAGCUAAAAACUGAACUGGAUAGGAGAAACAACCGUGUCGAGGAACUUGAGGAUAUCAUAGCCGAGUUCGAGGACUUCCUAAAGCACAAUCCUGAUGUGAAAGAUUUGCGAGAGCUUAAAGGGGAACUAGAUGACAAGGAGCGGGUCAUUAUUGAACUUGAAGCUUGGAUACAGAAGAAUGAAGACAGAGACUUUAGGAUGAACAAGGCUAGAAUCAUAGAACUUGAACAGAUGGUUAUACACCUGGAGGAAUAUGUGAAGGAGCAUAAUGUUGAUGUACUCAAACAGAAGCUUCAGGAUCGCGAGGACAGGCUGGAACAGCUUCAGAGACGAGUAAGUUCACUGGAAAAGGAUCUUCUUAGGCAGGAAGAGAAGGUGAAGCAUCCUGAUGGAAAACAGGAUGAAGAAGGAAAUAACCUGGAGGAGCAAUGUCAAAAUGAUGACUCCGAAGGAACCUUGAGCUCUUCUAAGCAGGAAAUUCAGGAGCGUGACAAGAAAAUGCAGGAAAUGGAGCACGCCAUGUCUGAAAAGGACAACAGGAUACGGGAAUAUGAGCAGGAGGUCUUGGAAUGGCAAGAAAAACUCUCCAAAGUUCGAGAGAAGAUGACUCACCUAGAAGAGGAACUUGCCGAAUACGAGGAUCAAGAUAUUGGUGUUCUGAAGGAAGAGAUACGUGUCAGGGAUGAAAGGGUGCUUCAGCUUGAGGAUGAGAUUGAUUCUCUGGAGAGAGCUUUUGGUGAGCAAAUGGGUCUGGAGCAGAUUGAGGAACUUGUGAACGUUGUCAAGGACAAAGAGGAGCGUGAGAGGGAAUUGGAGGUGACGCUUCGUGAAAAAAAUGAAAGAAUUGAGGAACUUACUGCUGCACUACGUGAAAGCGUUGUCAUAGCUGGGGAGGGAGAACGUAGACUGAAGCUGGAAGAGAAUCUCAAGAACAAUGCUCUUGACAAAGUUGCGAAGCUAGAGCAGAGGGUAGCCUCUUUGCAAACUGCAUCAGCCCUAAAGUGUUCUACGUGUCGACCUCUAUUGGCAAGACUGCAAAAAUCUGAGAAAAAGUUACAACGGCUUAUCGAGGAAAGAAUUAGUCAUCUUGAGGAUCUACAUCAGAUGAAGCAUGAAGCCUUGGAAGCUGCUGUAUCUGAAAAAGAUGCCCACCUAGCGUUGCUAGAAUUGUCUGGCAUAAAAACUUCUGUACAAGCCGAACAAGCUGAGAGGCUCAGGAUCGACAGAAGAAGGUUACUAGACAGACUUAAAGAGGAGGAUGAGAAAAACAUUGAGUUGACAACAGAAUCAAACCCAUCAAGCCCAGAGACUGUACCGUCUCUUGCAAGAAUCCUUCAACCGAUAGAUGAUGAAGAUUUUGAAGUUAAGGAAGUUGCACACAAUACAGAGUCAGACAAGACAGUAACAACCAAUGGAAACACAAGUGACCAUGGUGAGGCACCAGAGAAGAGGACGCUGUCUGCACUACGCUCGGCAAACCACGACCAAUAACAGCAAAGCAGAUAAGUACCCGAGACCAGUACGGUAUUACAGUAAAGCGUUCGUUUCCUCGAUGUUGUCAUGUGCACCACAGUCAUAGAUGAGCAUCCAGAGCAUAACCUAGAACGUAGAAAAAACAGUAAAUCCAGAUCGUCUUUCAUUCCGCGACAUCAAGCAUCUGCCCAAUCAUCAUAUCUCUUCACAACUUCACUCUUCACAAUUUGUUAUCAGCCACCACUAGCAUCACCACCACUACCACCACCAUCAUCAUCAUCAUCGUCAUCAUCAUCAUCAUUAUUGUUAUUAUUAUUAUCAUCAUAAUAAUUACCAAACGACUAUACAAAAAAAAAAAAAAUAUCACUAUCACCUCAAUCAUAGCUAUCGUGAAAUCGCACGAUCCCGCGACCACCGGGAGAGAGAGCAGUACGCGCAUGCGCGUAAGCAUCAUUGGUAUACGCACAUGCGCAGAAUGAGAACGACGCGCGCAGAAUAAACAAAAUCAUAGGGGAAUACCCUAAUUCGGGAGAAAUUGUACAUACUCUACGAAACAUGUAUCGUAAUAAUUGGUUUUUGAGAACUUUAAACGGGUAAAGAAGUUCCAGGCACGAUUUCGGCUUCAGUAUAAAAACGCUUGUGUUUUGCAGUGAAUUGCACAACAGCCGGAUAAUAAUAUUUACCGAAAAAGAUGCAAAGUACAGUUUGAAAUAUAAAAAUGACGUUCGCGAAUUGUAUACGACGCGAAGGAAGGUAAGCAGAUUCGCAAUGGAAUGUAAAUAGCACAUGCCGGAAAUAGCUGCUGAUCAAUGUAAUCUGUAAUAACUAAUAGGCACGAUUGAACCGCAGUCGGAUUAUUCUCGUGAUUAAUAAUUUAGCCCAAAUAUAAUACAGUAAUUACGUGUCAAGGAGAACCAAAAGAAAAAUGAAAGCAAAACGAAAAAAGUCAUAAUUACCAAAGAGACUAAUUAGUGGACGAGAUCGUUUCCUCGACGUCGAUACUAGGCACCAAAGAUAUCAUCCACUGUAUGUAUGUAUUCACUGUUUUCUUUGUCGAUGUCAUUGUCGUUACUAAAUUGCAUUGUUGUGAUACUUUUGAAAAUGCGUUUUAUGCAAUUUUUAUUUUCAAAAGUACAAAAACGACGUCGAACGAACGAAUCUCUUGUCCCAUCGAAAUCUAUCAGCGAAUUACUCCAUAGAAAUGUCCUAUCUAAAUCAGCUGCAAUCAGCGUGAUGCCAAUCAAAGUCGAUCGCUUAUAUUAAUCAUCCACCGUCACUUUACAAAAAUAGCUUCGUCUCUUACUAAUUAGAAUAAACCAAUCACCGAUCGAUUACACGAAACAUUACGGUAUUUUUUUCCGAUUAUUCGCGUUAAGUCCGUCAGUUUCUUCAUACCUGUCCUUAGGCGAUUAAUAAUGACUAACCUAUUGGGAGUAAAUGUCUGUAGGGAUAAUAAUGCGAUAAAAAGAAACGUUAACUUAACAGUAUAAACAGUGAGCGAAGUAUGGGAGAGCAGAGAGACAAGUAGAAAAACGAGAUGUGAAACGACGUAGAAACGUAUUUUUUUGGAUUUCUCAUCACGGGUCCAAAAGGUUGUCAGUGUAUUUAUUAGCUCGUUAAUCCUAAAACCAAAGAAACCAAAGAUAAAAUAAUACAAAAAAAAAUGCAAGGAAAAUAUAUGAAAUUUACAAAUUGUAAGCAAUACUCUCUGGUACGUAACAGCGCAUUGAUGCAAUUGUAAUUGAACAAAAAAAAAAUUGUCCAAGGCUUGUGCGUGUUAAAAAAAUAAGAAAAAAAAAACGAAAAAGUAUAAGGAAACACGCGAGAAAGGAAUUCCAAAAGUGUAGAUGAAGAGUGAUAUAGAAAAAUAAUACAAAAAUAUGAUACGUAUUGAUAUGUAUUAGCCUGAGAUAUAUGAUACGACGGAAUUUAACGUGAAAUUUGUAAAAUGGCAUUAAUGUUAUAGACUGCUCUAUUAAGAUUACAAAGAGGAAAAGAAGGCGGUAGUGAAGAUAUUGAUAUCAUUUUGCGCGUGGACUUUUUACUUUUUCUUGCUUACGUCAUUGUUCUACUCACCUCAUUUUUUAAUUAACGAUGACAAUAAAACAACCGUUAGCGCGAAUUCGCGAGCAGGGAUUCACGGCGUCGUAACGAGAAUUAGACGAUCAAUGAGAAUCGUGACGUAAUUGCGUCUGGGUUCGCGAAAAAAUUUAGCAUCGUGCAAAACAAUGGAGGAGUAAACGAAAAAUCAAAGGAUAAUAGGGCCCGGGAGGUUGUAAGAUAAGAUGUUAUUAUCACGCAUAUUUAACCUUACUUUAAACGCGUAAUGAUUUUCUUCGUUACACUUUAAUCAUUUGUCUCCAUUGUGUUCAUGUAAAUAACGUUACUGACGAUAACGAUUAUUUUUUUAUUAAUAACGUACAUCUUAUACCACAAACUUUGAGAAGCUUCGUUAAUUUGAAGCCGGGCCGUACGAGGUGAACGUUAGUUCCUAUCCGGUGGCGCUAGUGGUACUCACAGUUUUCGCAAGCGUCCGCCAGAUGUCUAUGGAAGCGAAUGAGAUUAAAUCGUGUUAGUCAAUCGUGUAAUAACGGGAGGAAAAGAAAAUUAUAACGAAUGACGUAACUCGUCGGAUCCGCGCAUAAUGGAAAUAUACAAAAUGACGCGUAAAUUUGAUUCAUCGUCGCUGUGCCGUCUGCGUAUAUUAUAUUAUUAAAAAAAUUAAAGAUAAACGGCACCGCGACCAAAACUCGCGACUUAGGUUAAUUAUAGUUAGCGUUUUAGCCACCACACAUCAUAUCAAGCCUAUAUUAUCGUGUUACGUUAUAGCUAAGCAGAAUGUGAAUUAUCGUCGUUGAAGUGAAUUUAUUGUUAAUCAGAGGUGACUGUUUCUUCGUCGAGAGCACGUGUUCCCUGCAUCUUUUUGACGAUGCUCUGUAGCCCGUUAGUAAGAUGAAAAGGAGGUGGAAAAAAAAAGUAACAUUUAAAAUUACGUCUGUGUGUGUAAGAGUGUUACGUUACGUUUGUAAAUCGGCGAAUGGAACCAAAGAUAGAAAAAAAAAACAAAUAUGCCGAAUUAUAAGAGGCUUCAGGCUACGUGCGGUAUCGUAAAGAGUACAGACUAGUACGUAUAUAUAUCUAUGAAAAAAAAAGUAGUAUGGAAACGAAUUUCUUGUUGACACAUAUAGAUGAAUGACUACUUGUAAUUAUCAUAUUCUAGCUGAUUCCAAGUUGUAAGGUGCACCCGUGUUAUAGAAAAGAGAAAAGAGGUUAUGGCUCGCGUUGACGUUGACAUUUUUCCUAACGUACCUAAAACUAUAAUUAAAUAUAUAUAUAUAUAUAUAUAUAUAUAUACACACAUAUUAUAUAUUUACGAUACUGCAAUUUCUUUGAGGUACAAUUAUCCUUCUUUCUAUAGUCCUAUAUGUAUAUAUUUCUUUUAUAUAAGUUAUCUCUUCUUUCGUCUCAUUCGUCGCCGCGACGCGAGCGCUGUGUUAAUUACAAUGUAAUUCUAAUGGACGCGCGAGCACGCUGAGAGACUGUCUUCAUUAUUUUUUGACUUGACUGUUUAGCGUUUACGAUGCGAUGUUUUUUAUGUGAAUAUUUAAAAUGGCAAUCGCGCACAGCUUCACCUGUUAGAUCCUCGGUACUUGUCGACAAUACAGACCCAAGCUGCUAAAUGAGUUCGCGUCUCUUCCAAAUCCUCUUGAAAAGGAAGAAUUUUAAAUUUCCCGCUCUUACUCAACGGUCGUCGUAACGGCACAAUACAGUAGCGACAUCUUGCGGUUAACCACGAAGGUACUCAUGUCUGAUAAACGGUACCGAGUAUUUUAUUGGCUGUUGCGAUCGCUUGAAAAACGUGGCUCCGCUCUUAACUCCACCCUUAACCCCUUCCCACAAUUAAACCAUUGGAACAUAAUCGAAUUCCUAACCUAUAAACUCAUUACGAACAUCUCCUUUCACUCUUUUUCGAUAUUUGCACAUGUCACGGCCACUCCAUACCCCACACUUUUUUAUUCUGCAUUUCUACGUGUUAUCGCUAAAUAUGCCAUAAGUAUUCAAAGGUACGUACAUUUAACAUUUACCGUAAAACGGAAAGAUUCGACGAGUUUAAGAAGAUAUAUUAAAAAAGAAAAAAAUAAUUACGCAAUACGACUUUGACUCGCGUGUAUAUAUACCUAAAAAAGUAUUCGCCUAUUUCUACGAUAUUUGAAGUUAGCGCCCACGGUCACGUGACCACGAAGAGAGGAAGGCCGAUGAUGAAAACUCUACGAGAUGGAGUCAGAUAUUAGAAAGCAAAGACAUAAUGGAAAGAGUGCUCUAGAAGUAAGCCAGUUACGAAGUAAACUAAAGACAAAAAUUUAAGGUACGUUUAAAAAAAAAUGAAUGAACGGUACCAAAAAUCGAUUGCGUGUAGCGUAAGACGGAGGAAAGCGUUUAUAAGGAAGUAAACAUUGUUGCAACUGCCAUGCUGUGUGCCAUUAUAUUAAACGAGCGACGUUUAUCCUAAAAAUUGAAACAAAAAUAUAAAAAUUGAAAAAAAAAAGCGUGAGCGAGGGGAAUGUAAUACAAGGCGAGGAGUAAAUUAAUCGCGUACGUAAUAACGCAAUGCGAAAACUGAUAGAGGGAGUGAUAAACCAAAUUGAGCCACGAUGGGAUUUAAUCGUUGAGAAACAACGUUUAUCUUACUUUUCGUCUGUCCGAAACUUCUAAUAGAAUACUGUUAAGCCAGCGAGGAGUGUACCUCGCCGACGCGCGCACGCGCAUGCGCAUUCAGCUGUUUGUUCGCGGCCAUAUUUAAUGCCUAUUCGCAUCCUGUCGAUUAUAUCAUAUCCACAUAGGAACGUUGAGUCGCGUGCGCACGUCGCGAUGUCAAUUUGUUGAAGGACGAAGAUCAUGUGUAUAUCUUAUUAAUACCUAGUUAUCAUGUAAGUGAUACGAGUGCGUCUCAUUCCUCGUUAAAAUAUGUAUAUACGUACAUGUCGCGCACGCGCAGUCGUGCACCCAAUUAUGUAUAUUGGAGCCACUGGUGAGAAUCUGCGAUUUUAUAUAGUUCCGAAAGUGGCCACGCGAGGGCAGCCCAAGCCGAAAUGUUUGAAAACUCGCUACGGUCGGAUUAUUCACUUUGUCUUCGCUGUGACUGGAUUACUGAUGUCACGACAUAUUCUUCUUACAAUUUUUUUCCCCGUGUCAUUUAUUAUGCCAAUUCCUGGCGACUUUUUUUCUUUUUUCAAAUUUAUUUCGGUCGUAGUAUAGAUUUCUUAUUGCAUGCAAGCUUCGGCGAACUUUCGGGACCGUAUCCUGUCUGCGAAUUGAGAGACUCUUUCCGUAGAAAUAUAGUCCAAAUUAGUUGAACAGUCCGACGGUGUGAAGUAUUUAAACGAAACACAAAAAAAAAAGAAAAUAAACGAUUAAUUAAAUUAAUAAAUUGAUCCAUCAUAGUUUCAAGCACAAUAAGGACUAGUAGGGCCAGGCACAAUAAAAUUCGGCCGACACGUUGUAGGAUGCGAUUCUGUUAGUGCGACAAGUCAUAUAAGUACCUAUAUAGCGAGGAUAAUGAAUAAACAUAUAUUGUCUAUUGUCAAAAAAAAAAAAAAGAAAGAAAAACGGUCUAUUCAUUGUUCGCUUAAUAAAACCCGCUAUUUAUCCCGAGA